AUGUCACUGGACGUGGGCAUAGAGAGCAUCUUUUGUUUACUCCUUCCUUGUUGAGUGAAGCAACAUAUCCAAAAAAAUCCUUUUAGAAAAUUAAAUUUUCAUGUAUAUUUUUUUCAAUAAUAUUUUGAUAAUGAUUAUCAUGAAUAAAUCAAUUUUUAAUAUUACUAAAAUCAGAAUUUACCUUCCUAAACUUAAAUUACUUUAGAGAAGUCCCCUGAAGGCGACUACUUGCCUCCACAUAACGCUCAACCACUUGCUUGCCAGUCUGAACAAAGCCUUCCACUGCUUUGCACCUCAUAGACGAGGGCUUGCACUUGCUACUCGGGAGUCAGAGACGCUGGGCCACCAUGCCGUAUGCAAGAGGGUUCACCUACUAGAAAAUUCGAAAAAAGAUUUAUAGUCUAGUUGCCCACCAAAAUGAAACCUGGAGCCCAGGACGCAACGCCUCCCAUCGUACUAGGAAUUUUGCCGAUUAGCCAAGUGACUACCUCUAGCCUUGCUCAGCUUUCUAUUUCCAAUUCCAGUGAACCUCUCAUCACGAGAUAAAACCUUGACCUAGAUGUUUGCAUGCAGUCGGCCUGCGCUCCUCCAAACCAAGUAAAAACCAGCCUGAUGCACAUUUCCGGACGCUGUCCUCUCUUCCACAAGCUGCAGCUUUCACAAUGAGCCUACCAGCUGCAGGUGUUAAGAAGGCAGGUUGGCUUUAAAGUUAUUUGAUGUAUAUAGAUUACCUUCCAAAUUAUUUCUAAUAAUAAAUAUUAAUAAUCUUCUCGCACCAGCGAAAAAUCUUUCUCGCUCAUAAAUAUGAAGUUAAUACUCAUCACUCUUUCUAUGAUACUAUCAGUCUAUCUCCCAAAAUACAAGGUAAACCAAAUUUAGAUUCAUUAUUUUCAUGAAUCUGGCGUUAUAAUUUUGAUAGGUAUCGGAUUAGGAGCAUUUAUGGAUGGAAUUAGACACCCGCUUUCAAGAUUUAGCUCAGAUAUUCUAUAACUAAAUACUUAACCAUAUUAUUCUAUGCACUAUUUUUUAAUUUUUAUAUGGUCAUUAUUUAUAAUACUGAUAAUUUUCAUUACAUCUCAAUAUAUAUUUUUUGACUUUAUGCUGCCCUUCCUCAUUUUAGCUGCAGGCUUCAACAUGAAAAGGCGACGAUUUUUCCGAAAUAUUGGCCCAAUCUUUUUAUUAGGCAUCAUAGGAACUUUAAUAUGUUUUGUUCUAAUAGCAGCUAUGGCCUACGCCUUCAGUGAAUGAGGAUUCAUCAACCAUGAUGGCACAAAGUACCUAAGCCCUAGUGAAGUUAUGGCUUUAGGUGCCGUUUUAUCAUCUUCAGAUGUCGUUUGUGCUUUAGCCCUUGUAGAAGAAUCCAAAACCCCUAAACUCCACUCAAUUUUAUUUGGGGAGUCCGUCAUAAACGACGCUGUUGGCAUUUUGCUUGUAAAUGUCGUAAAAACAGUGAGUAUUUCUAAUAUAAACGCAACUGAAGUAUUUACCUUUAUUGGCACAUUUUUGUAUGUAAGUAUUACAAGUAUUUUGAUGGGAGCUGUUUUUGGUCUAAUUGCGAGUUUUAUGACAAAAGUUUUGUAUGAUUUACGAGACGAGCCAAGCAAGUCUAUUGCGUUACAGUUUUAUAUAUCAAUUUUAGGGUAUAUGAUAGCAAAAGCAAUUGACUUGUCAGCGGUUAUUGUACUUUUAGUGUGCGGAAUUAUAUCAGGACAUUAUGCAUGGUAUAAUUUGUCUAGAACUUCAAGGACUGCUGUGACUAAUUCUUUUCAGUUUAUUGGGGAUGCUUCAGAAGCACUUGUUUUUGCUUAUUUAGGAAUUUCUGCUUUUACUUAUAAAGAAGAGGGAAUUGAAUGGAAUUAUAUUAUUGCUGUUUCUGGGGCUACGAUAGUGUCAAGAUUAAUUGCAGUAUUUGGAUUGAUAUGGAUUGUACAGUUGCUUUCUGGUUGGAAUGUAUAUUAAGAAGGAGUGCUAUGCCCUCUUAACAUAUGUAGAUGGUGGGAUACUGGGGACCUUGUGGAAGUGAGGACAGCGCUUAGAAAUAUGUAUCUGGGUGCUGCAUUGCUUGGAGAAGUGCAAUGUCUGGCUGACUGAUGCAUGCUCACAUCCAAGUCAAAGCGCUACUUUGAGGGAAUGCUGAUAAGGGACGCCCAGAGACCAGAGGACAUCACAUGGCCAAUCGAGCAAAGCCCUAAACGAUAUCAGGCUAUCAGGCGUUGCGUCCUGGGCUCUGGAUUCCAUUUUUAGCUGACACCAGACCUUCUGGAAGGCAAACCUGCUGACGUAGGGCUUCGUGAUCCUGCAUCCCUUAUCUCAGAUACCGAGCGCAAGCCCCUGUCCAUGAGGAUUAUCAUAGUAAAAGGCCGUGUCUAGACUGGCAAGAAAGCGGUUGGGUGUUAUGCGGAGCCGAGUAGUAGCCUGCCUGGGACUUAUAUAUAAGUAAUUAAAGUUUUAGCUAUCUGGUGGGAAAUUUAAAAUGAGUGUUGGAGCUAUUUCGGUUAUUUGGAUGGGCGGGAUUAUUAGAGGAGCAGUCUCCUUUGCAUUGUCUCUUGAUUUGGAUUUUUCCCACAAAGAUGUCCUCCGUAUCACUGUUUUAGGAGUUGUGAUUGGGACAACUCUAGUUUUUGGAACGGUUUUGCCUUUGUGGGUCAGGUGGAUUAAGCCUGAUGAAGGAAAUGACGACCGUGGAAUGGAAAUAAAAGAUGAUGAUUUAAGCAGGUCAAUAACAGGAAGAAAAAGCGUCUUUUUAGCACAGGAUGAGACAAAAACGUAUAAAAAUUGGGUCCAUAAAAUGUGGAGGACUAUUGAUGAUAAAUAUAUAAAACCGUGACUAAUUCACAAAGAUGCUUUGGAAGAGGUCAAAAAAGCAAAGGCAAAUCUUGCAGCUAAGAAUUUGGUUCUUAAAGAUGAUAAUGAUACUAUACCAGAAGUAUCGGAGUAUUCGCUCCAUUCGAAUGGAUCAUAUAGAGAAAUGCAGUAA